AUGGAGAAGAAUUCUGCAGGCAAAUCAAUUGUCCAACAAGGUAAAAAAAGAAGUGAGGCCAAUGGGUUUGGUACCAGCACAAUUCGUAGCAAAGGCAAUUCAGAGCUAGCAAAUGCAAGUGAAGUAGUGAAAAAGAAGGAAGGCUUCUGCACCUCAUCCGUCAACUAUUCAACAGGAUACCAAAAGGAAUGUAGCAAGUAA